GGCGGAGCCUAAAUUAUAUGCACGUAGACAAAAAUCGACGUAGUUUUCUCUUCAUCCUCACGCUAGUUAGAUUUUUUCGGUCAUUUUUGUCACUCUUUCGCCAGCUCACUUUCAGAACCCCACCAGCAUUCGCAACAAUGGUCGCCAAACAGAGGAUUCGCAUGGCCAACGAGAAGCACAGCAAAAACAUCACCCAGAGAGGAAACGUCAAAUUAUCGAGAAACACGGUUGACGACAAAGUUUCGGUGGGACCAUGGCUACUGGCACUCUUCAUCUUUGUUGUCUGUGGCUCAGCAAUAUUCCAGAUCAUUCAGAGCAUUCGAAUGGGCAUGUAACGAGGACUGUUAUCACUGUGGUGGUGUCUCAACUUUCCACUCUGGGCCAGUUCUGCAUACUGCACCCAACUUUGCCAAGGAGCCUCUCUAAAUGGCUUUUUCUUAAUUUUACUGAUUUAUCUUCUGUGAGGUGCAAAAUUCUUGUCAUUUCCUCUCUGGUGCCUUUUUAAUGAAGAAAAAUCAUCAAAAAGCCAUAUAACUGCAUUCCGAUCAAUUAUGUUAUUUUGUCUUUAUUGAUGUAAUGAAAGAAUCUUGACAUGUUGCAAGGAGUGUCUGACUUCUCAAUCAUUCUUAAAAUAAUUGUGCUCAAAUUAUUUGAAGUGUUUUUGGUUGCCCCCAGCCCCCAUUUUUAAAGUGAAAAAAAAAAAACAA